GCACCAGGAAGCGGCCUGCGCGCCGGCCGGGAAGUGGGCUCGUCCGCGCCGCCCGGGUCCACGCUGGCAGCGGCUUCCGCGCGCUCCGCCGCCAUGGGCGAGGAGGAGUACUAUCUGGAGCUGUGCGAGCGGCCGGUGCAGUUCGAGAAGGCCAACCCGGUCAACUGCGUCUUCUUCGACGAGGCCAACAAGCAGGUGUUUGCUGUGCGAUCGGGUGGCGCCACCGGCGUGGUAGUCAAAGGCCCAGACGACAGGAAUCCCAUCUCGUUUAGAAUGGAUGACAAAGGAGAAGUGAAGUGCAUUAAGUUUUCCUUAGAAAACAAGAUACUGGCUGUCCAGAGGACCUCAAAGACGGUGGAUUUUUGUAACUUUAUCCCUGAUAACUCCCAGUUGGAAUACACACAGGAGUGCAAGGUACAGCUGUGUCUCAUCCUCGGCCCAUGCUGGUUUUCUGUAUUAAUCCUUUCUCGUACUGCUCUUAUUUUAAACGAAGACUCUGCUGUUUGGACUUUGCUUCAGGUCUUACCUGAGAAACGGAGCCUGAAACUCCUGAAAAGCCACAAUAUCAAUGUGAACUGGUACAUGUACUGUCCCGAGAGCGCGGUGAUUCUGCUGUCCACCACGGUCCUUGAGAAUGUUCUACAGCCUUUUUAUUUUAGGGCCGGCACUAUGUCGAAGCUGCCCAAGUUCGAGAUCGAGUUACCAACUGCGCCCAAGUCCACCAAACUUGGUCUUUCUGAGCGCGACAUCGCAAUGGCGACCAUAUACGGGCAGCUUUACGUCCUCUUCCUGCGGCAUCAUUCUCGGACCUCCAACAGCUCCGGAGCAGAGGUGGUUUUAUAUCAUCUGCCACGAGAGGGCACCUGUAAGAAGAUGCACAUACUGAAGUUAAAUAGGACAGGGAAGUUUGCCUUGAACGUAGUGGACAACCUGGUCGUCGUCCAUCACCAGGAUACAGAGACAUCUGUGAUAUUUGACAUCAAGUUACGGGGCGAGUUUGAUGGCACUGUUACCUACCAUCACCCGGUGCUUCCGGCCCGCUCAAUCCAACCCUAUCCGAUCCCCCUGGCGGGUCCUGCUGCAGUGACCAGCCAGUCUCCAGUCCCCUGUAAACUCUACUCCUCGUCGUGGAUUGUCUUCCAGCCUGACAUCAUCAUUAGCGCAAGCCAAGGCUACCUCUGGAACCUACAGGUGAAGCUUCAGCCCAUAGUAAACCUCUUGUCAGACAAAGGAAGGCUGAUGGAUUUUCUCAUCCAGAGGAAGGAGUGCAAGAUGGUCAUCCUGUCUGUAUGUUCGCAGAUGUUGAAUGAGUCAGAUAGAGCCACACUGCCUGUGAUAGCCACCGUUUUUGAUAAGCUGAACCAUGAGUAUAAAAAGUACUUGGACGCCGAGCAGAGUUACACCAUGGCCGUGGAAUCGGGGCAGAGCCGCAGCAACCUGCCUCUCAAGCGGCCUGUGCGGACCCAAGCCGUGGUGGACCAGUCUGAAGUAUACACCCACGUGCUGUCACCCUUCGCAGAGAAUAAGGAGACGCCGCAUAAAUUUGUGAUCGCCGUACUGAUGGAGUACAUUCGCUCUCUGAACCAGUUUCAGAUCGUAGUACAGCACUACUUACAUGAGCUGGUGAUCAAGACGCUCGUCCAUCACAACCUCUUCUACAUGCUGCACCAGUUCCUGCAGUACCACGUGCUCAGCGACUCCAAGCCUCUGGCUUGCCUGCUGCUGUCCCUGGAAAGUUUCUAUCCCCCUGCCCAUCAGCUGUCUCUGGACAUGCUGAAGCGGCUCUCAACUGCCAACGAUGAGAUAGUUGAAGUCCUUCUGUCCAAACACCAGGUGUUAGCCGCGCUGAGGUUUAUCCGGGGCAUUGGUGGCCAUGACAACAUUUCUGCACGGAAAUUUUUAGAUGCUGCAAAGCAGACUGAAGACAACAUGCUUUUUUAUACUAUAUUUCGGUUUUUUGAACAGCGAAACCAGCGUUUGCGCGGGAACCCUAACUUCACACCAGGAGAACACUGUGAGGAACAUGUUGCUUUUUUUAGGCAGGUUUUUGGAGACCAAGCUGUAAUGAAGCCUGCAACGUUUUGAAGUCAUUUGCUAGGCUUUUUUUUUU